CGCAGUUCACCUUGGGUCAGCAUCCUUUACCUUUCGGCCCACCCUCCUAAAACUCCAGAUCAGUAACCCAGGCAGGCCGCAGCAAAAACCUCUCUUAACCCCCUCUGCGACCCAACUCUCCCUCUUUCGCAAACGCUGGUCAUAGCUAUGUUCAUCCGCCGCACGCUAUCCAACAAAACCCUCAGCCUACGCUUCCGCUUCUUCUCCCAAGCCGCUCUCUCACUCGAUCAAUCAUUUUCAGUAUCACCAUCAUCUCCAUUUCCAUUGACGUACCUCGAAGGCUUCCCGAAGCCUGACCCUAAAUACGCCGAGACUAUACUCGCCAUCCCACGCGCCGCGUCUGGGAAGAGCAUCGCCGCCAAAGAAAGAAAAGUGGGUCGCGUCCCCAGCAUCGUUUUCGAGCAAGAAGAUGGGCAGCAUGGAGGCAACAAAAGGCUCAUUUCUGUUCAGAACAAUCAGAUCAGAAAAUUGGUUAAGCAUCUAGGCCAGUCUUUUUUCCUUUCUAGGCUUUUUGAUCUUGAGGUUCGAUCAGAGUUUGGAACCGGUGAUUUGAUUGAGAAAGUCCGUGUUCUCCCCAGGAUGCUUCAUUUGCAUGCGGGGACUGAUGCACCUCUUAACGUGACCUUCAUAAGGGCGCCUUCGCAUGCUUUGUUGAAGGUUGAUGUUCCUCUUGCGUUCAGAGGAGAAGAUGUAUGCCCUGGACUAAGGAAAGGGUUGUUCUUGAAUACUAUCAAGAGGACUGUUAAGUUCGUAUGCCCAGCAGAUAUUAUUCCUCCAUAUAUUGAUGUUGAUUUGAGUGAGUUGGAUGGGGGUCAGAAGUUGGUAAUGGGAGACCUCAAGGUUCAUCCAGCCCUAAAGCUUAUUCAUUCAAAAGAUGAGCCUGUUUGUAAGAUUAUGGGAGCCAGAGUUUCUGACCAACAGAAGAAGAAAUAAGGAUUUCAGUUCAGAUUUUGGCAAGCCUAGUGUUAACAAAAUUUAUCUCCACUUUUUGAAUGGGGCUUCGAGUGACCUAAAGCAUAUGCUUUCACUUCUUAUUGUUCAUGAUUUUCAUAGUUUUGUAGUACUAGUGGACGACCAAGCUUGAAGUGCUAGAGUGACUUCUUUAUUCCUUUUUUUUUAUCCUCUUCCUCCUUUCGGUUCAUGAAAAACAAUCAUGAUGUUUGGGGCACAUCACUUGGGGUUCAAAAUUUCCAAAUCGUGAAAUCUUUUUACAUCUUUUUGCCUUUGAUUUUGCCGUUAUUAUUCCGUUGACUCAGAAUAGCUUUCCUGUUGGACUUAGUUCUUAGCAUGAUAUUUACCAUUCCAGCUAUUGCAUAUGUAUGUGUUAUAAAUAAUGAAGAUGUAUGAUAGACCUUGUGCAUUGAUGUUGAUUUGGAGUUUGCCUCUUCAGUUUCUUAGUAUUCUGAUUCUCCGAGGACUGAUUCUUAGUUUACUAUCUGGGCAUGCCUAGGUAUUCUCUUCGUUCCUUGUUUUGUUCCUAGUUUAUUGAAACUCAUCGUUAAUUAACCUCAUUUUCUGGGUGCAACCAUAUAACCUGCUUUCUUGAAUCAUUUAUCAUUUCAAAAUUAUUCGAUUGUUUAUAUCAUCAUAAGGUUAAGAUUCAGAACCAUCUUUAAUUCUUAUCUCUAGUGUCUCUCUUCCUUGCCUUCUUGCGCUUCAUUUUUUUCUUCUAGCCUUAAGCAGGACAUACAGAUUGAGAAGAAUACGUAAGAGUCGACUGCUAAGUCAAAAACUUACCCAGACAGUUUUGUAUGGUAACAAAAUGUGUCCAAGCUGAACUGCCUGAGAUCAGGCUUCUCCUUCACCGUAGCCAUCUUCAUUCAUGUCUCCAAAACAAACUCAUAAAUUCAUUCUGUAGAGGGCGAGAAAAGCAGACAUAAGGUGGCUUAGUCAUAAAUUCAUAAACUCAUGAACUAUUUGAUCUUACUACGAUUUCUUCCACAGAAUUAACCAAGUUUUUAAAGUUGUUGCCUUUGGUUUGGAUUGUUGCCUUUGGUUUGGAUUAUUAAAAAGAGAAUUCCAAAACAAUGAUCGAUUUAAGAGUAAAUAUCUAAUCUUUAAUAAUGUCUUAAAAUAAAAUAUGAUGUAUUUAGGGCUAUAAACAUUGCAGAAAGCAUUAAGCAAUAAAAUAAGGAAAAUACUAAACAACAAG